AUACAAGCCCAAGUUGAGUUCUGGUUUUCUGAAGAGUUUUACUGUUCUUCAACCAAAAGGGUCUUCAUAUAAAUCAUGAGUAGAGUACCAAAUAUCAACUUAUCAUUAUAAAGCCAAACUCACUCUUAUAGCCAGAAGAAGCAAAGAAAUACAACAAGUCCAAGACAGUAUAUAUAUAUAUGCAUAUACAACUAUGAAGAUGGAAAAUCAAGCAGUGGAAAAGAAGGAGAUUGAUGACAGAGAUGAAGAGUUGGAAGAAAACUUAGAAGAAAUCCAAGGAAGUGACCUGGGAACUCAUGAGCCAUGGACAAAGCAGAUAACAGCUAGAGGAGUUAUAGCAAGUACUGUGAUUGGAUCAAUCUUUAGUAUCAUAGCCAUGAAGCUUAACCUCACAACUGGUAUGGUUCCUCAUUUCAACGUCUCUGCAGCUCUACUUGCCUUUGUGUUCAUCAGAACAUGGACACAACUGGUUCAACGCCUUGGUUACCAAGCCAAGCCCUUCACUCGCCAAGAGAAUACCAUAAUUCAAACUUGUUCAGUUGCCUGUUAUAGCAUAGCUGUUGGAGGUGGGUUUGCAUCAUAUCUAUUGGGGUUAAACAGAAAGACAUAUGAGUUAUCAGGAGUACACAAUGAAGGAAACUCUGUGAAUAGUACUAAAGAACCUGGCUUAGGUUGGAUGACAGCUUUUCUUUUCUUGGUUUGCUUUGUUGGCCUUUUUGUUCUGAUUCCUCUCAGAAAGAUAAUGAUAGUUGAUCUGAAGUUGACUUACCCAAGUGGCUUAGCAACUGCUGUUCUCAUCAAUGGUUUCCAUACUCGUGGGGAUAAAAUGGCCAAGAAACAAGUAAAAGGUUUCAUGAAAUACUUCUCAUUAAGCUUCAUUUGGGGACUAUUCAAGUGGUUUUAUAGUGCAAAUGAAGAAGUAUGUGGGUUCGAACAAUUCCCUACUUUUGGGUUAAAAGCUUGGAAGAACACGUUUUAUUUUGAUUUUAGCACAACUUAUGUGGGAGCAGGAAUGAUAUGUUCUCACCUAGUCAACAUAUCAUUGCUUCUUGGAGCUGUGAUGUCUUAUGGAGUAAUGUGGCCACUUAUAGGUAGACUUAAAGGAGAAUGGUUCCCUGAAAGUUUAAGUGAAAGUGACAUGAAGAGUCUUUAUGGUUACAAGGCUUUUCUUUCUGUAUCUCUCAUUCUAGGUGAUGGGCUUUACAAUUUUGUCAAAAUUCUUGGUUCAACAUUCAUCAACAUCCAUGAUAGAAUGAAAAACAAGGACAAUACAGGCACAGAGAAGAAAAAGAAGGCAAUAGAAGAGAAGCAAAACCAGAUAUUCUUAGGAGAAACAAUACCACUUUGGGUAGCCACAACCGGCUACGUGAUCUUAUCAGGAAUCUCCAUAGUCGUCAUCCCAAUCAUGUUCCCUCAGCUCAAAUGGUACUACGUCGUCGUUUGCUACCUCCUCGCACCAUCCCUCGCCUUCUGCAACGCCUACGGCACAGGCCUAACCGACAUGAACAUGGCCUACAACUACGGCAAGAUCGCACUCUUCAUCCUCGCCGCCCUCACCGGUAAACAAAACGGCGUCGUCGCCGCCCUCGCCGGCUGCGGCCUCAUCAAGUCCGUCGUCUCCGUCGCCUGUAUUCUCAUGCAGGAUUUCAAGACCGGUCACCUCACCUUCGCUUCUCCACGAGCAAUGUUCGCCAGCCAAGUCAUCGGGACCGCCCUCGGUUGCAUCGUCGCUCCGCUGAGCUUCUUCCUCUUCUACAAGGCAUUCGAUAUCGGAAACCCUAACGGUGAAUUCAAGGCUCCCUACGCCUUGAUCUACCGAAACAUGGCGAUUCUCGGUGUCCAGGGCUUCUCGGCCCUGCCUCGGCACUGUUUGCAGCUCUGCUGGGGAUUCUUCGGCUUCGCCGUCGGAGUUAACUUGGUGAGGGAUUUAUCGCCGGCGAAGAUCGGGAAGUGGAUGCCGCUUCCGAUGGUGAUGGGAGUUCCGUUUCUGGUUGGAGCUUACUUCGCCAUUGAUAUGUGUGUGGGGAGCUUGGUGGUGUUUGUAUGGACGAAGAUCGACGCCAAGAGGGCGGAGCUGAUGGCUCCGGCGGUGGCUUCCGGUUUGAUGUGUGGAGAAGGGAUAUGGAUUCUACCGGCUUCGGUUCUUGCCUUGGCCAAGAUAAAGCCCCCGAUUUGUAUGAAGUUUUUGAGCUCGUAGAAAUAAGUGGGCUUUUAACCAAAAGAAAUUGGGCCGUUUUACUUGGGCUUUUAAGGGACUUUUUCAUAAAUACCAUUUUCUAGAAGAGGUAUUAGUUCUUCUACAACAAGUUGUUGUUGUUGACUUCUUGUUGUUUGACCAAUAGCUCAAAACUCAAAAGUUAGUUUUAGGGUUAAAAGAUUAGUUGGAGAAUAAAAUUGCAAAAAUAAGGGAUAAUCCAUUACUUGAUUUCUAAUGAUAUGAUUAGUUGUUUGUAACUAAUCAAUCUUUUUUGAUCUUGAGCUAGGUUAUUAUAGGUCAAUCAAAUUAGAAGCUCUUGCAUAUUUAAUGGGAUGUUUUUGAACUUUGGUUCUUGGACUCA